AUGUGCUUCUCAGGAAUACAGGAGGAUCCAGAUUUUACUUUAUCUAAGGCAGUGGAGGAUGUCAGUCAGCACAGCCAUGCACAGACUGAGGCCCUGAAGCAGAAACAGAAGACACUGAAGUCCCUGCAGACAACUCUGUCAGGCAUUGAGGAGAAAUGUAAGAGUGCAGUGGUGGCCCUGAGAGCUCAAAUGAGGGAGCGACUCAUACUGGAGGAUGAUAUGGAGAACCUAGAACAACACAGACAAGUCCUCUUUGCUCGCUGCACAUCCAUCACUAUGGAAAUCACAGAUGUCCAGAGUUGUAUAAGGGAGGAGGUGGAGAAGGUGUCCAAGGCACAGGCAGGGUACAACACUUACCGAAAAAAGAUGGAGGGUCAUAGAGCUGCUGUUUUCCAUGUAGCCAAUCAGACAAAGGCCCACAAAGAGCUGGAGGAGAAGAGAGUGAUGGUCAUGAUGUUGACACAGGAGAAAGAGGAACUAAAGAGGGAUUUGGAGAACCCCAAUGGAAACUCUGUGCAAAUGGAAAAGGAAGAAACUAAUGCUUUGAAGGAGGAGAUUUCAGUCAUGAAUAAGAUUAUGGCACAAAAGAGAGAGCAAUUGCGGAAGGAGUCUGAGAGUCAUAUCCAGUUUAAGAGGGAAAUAGAGAUCCAGCAAAGGCGUUUUGAAGCCAUUGGAAAGCGUCUCCGCUGCCAGCUAAGCAAGGCUCAUGCUGUCCACAGGCAAAUGACUGCAGAUAUCUACCACAUGGAAAGACAGAUAGCUGAGCUGAAGAGGCAGCUGGAGUCGUCACAGGGCCCUGUGGUCAGUGGUCAUUAAAUAAAGCCUUUCUUAUUUGUAGUGCUUUCUUGUGUCGAUGUAACCUUGUGUGUUUGAUGAAAAUCUUUGUUGGUUGAAAGUAGUCUGUUUUUUGGGAAGAUUAUAGACUCUCAAACUAGACAUUAGGGGGCAGCAGUGUCAACUAAAUAUCCAUGUAUGUUCAACUCAUGCUUUACAGUAUUCUCCACCAGACCUUUAUACAUCAGUUUGAUAUCACUUAUCAGCCAACCUAUUUUCAUGAACUGUUUUGUCAGAAUGAAAGUGAAA